GGGACCGCUGCAAUGAUUUUCGACCUGAACUCUGUGAUCCUGGCUUUGGUCCUGGGUUUGCACCUUCUGGUUUUGUUUGAGGUGAUGAGGAUUCAUUUCACCAAAGGCCAAAAUCCACCUGGACCCACGCCUUUCCCUUUUGUGGGAACUGUACCAUAUUUUAUAAAGGAUCCAAUGGGAUCUAUCAGAUCAAUGAGUCAGUAUGGAGAAUUGUCCACUAUUUACUUGGGAAGAAAACCAGCGAUAGUCUUAAAUACACUGCAGAUCAACAAGGAAGCCCUGGUGCAAGAAGGUCCAUCUUUUUCUGGAAGACCAGUUAUACCUGUUAUACAAUGGAUAACUAAAGGACUCGGUAUUUUAAUGGCGAAUGGUCACUCAUGGAAACAGCAGAGAAGGUUUGCUCUCCACACGCUCAGAAACUUCGGCCUGGGAAAGAAAUCUGUGGAAGAGCGAGUGUUAGAUGAAGCCGGAUACCUGGUUGCUGAGAUGCUCAAAGAUGAAGGAAUGGCAUUUAACCCAGAGCACGCCUUAUACAAUGCAGUUUCCAAUAUAAUCUGUUCCAUCAUAUUUGGAGAUCGCUUUGAAUACGAUAACAAACGCUUCGCAUACCUUCUGAAAAUUCUCAAUGAGAACUUUAUGCUGUCAGGGUCUGCCAUAGGACAGAUCUUCAACUUGGUUCCUUUCAUCAAACACUUCCCUGGACCUCACCAGAAGAUCAAUCAGAACGCCACUGAGUUACUAGAUUUCAUUCGUGAGGAAGUUAAAGAACACAGACAAAUUUUGGAUCCAGAAAGCCCACGAGACUUCACUGAUGCCUACCUGUUAGAGAUUGAGAAACAAAAAUCACACGAGGACUCAACGUUUUAUGAGGAGAACAUGGUUAGGUCAGCAGCCGAUCUCUUCGUGGCUGGAACCGACACGACUUCCACCACCAUUAGAUGGGGACUCAUCUUCUUUAUGGACAACCCAGAUGUACAAGAGAGAUGUCAUAAGGAGAUUGUUCAGGUGUUGGGUUUUGAUCGUCUGCCCAGCAUGGAUGACCGUGACAAACUUCCAUACACAUACGCCACUGUUCAUGAGAUUCAGCGCUGUGCUAACAUUGGUCCUCUCGGAGUAGCUCAUGCAACCACACAGCCAACCAAACUAAGAGGAUAUAACAUUCCCAAGGGAACUGUAAUCAUGACAAAUGCAGCAGCAAUUAUGAGUGAUAAGGAAAACUGGAAAUUUCCGAAAACUUUCAAUCCAGAGAAUUUCUUAGAUGAGAACGGACAUUUCCACAAAUCUGAGGCGUUCAUUCCUUUCUCAAUGGGUCCGAGGGUUUGUCUUGGAGAGACCCUGGCAAGGGCGGAGCUUUUCCUUUACAUUGUGUGUCUUCUACAGCGGAUUAAUUUCUCCUGGCCACCGAACUCACAGCGUCCAGAUAUGGAUGGUAUCCUGGGUCUGGUGAGAUACCCUCACCCCUACAAAACCGUUUGCCGUAGCAGAGAUACCAAAGACUGACCGUCAGUGACCCGACCCAACACGCCAACAGACAGCUGAAGAACAUUGAAAUCGGAUAGGUGUUUUUCAGUCUUUUGUGACGGUAUCAUCACAGCCCAUGUGUUUUGUCAGAUCAUGAUGUCUGGAUUAUGACUUGUAGGCCACAUUUACAAUGCAUGUUUAAAGUGACUCCUUUCAGAUUUUUUUCACAGACAUGUAUAUUUUGAUAUUCUCAGAUUGAUUUCAGGCUUCAUUUAUGAAUUAUAUUGGAUAUGAAUUGGAUACACGCAUUCCCGUCUGCAAUGUAUGCGAACAGCUCGGAUAUUCCCAUCUGAAGACAUAUCCAAUGUGUUCUGUGCGUCCACCCUGUUUGCAUUGGUUUAGGCCUUCUUAUUUAGGCCCUGUUUCUUGCUUUAUUUAAAUAAAUUGUCUGAAU